AUGCCUCCCAAAAUCGUCCUCAUCCGCCACGCCCAAGGCUACCACAAUGUAGACAAUAACUUGCCCGACCCCAAGCUCACCCCGCUAGGCGAGUCGCAAUGCCUCACGCUGCGCGAGUCCCUCCGCCAGCGAUUCGACGCCGUCCCAGCGCAGGACGUUGCCGUCGUCGUCAGCCCCAUGGUCCGCACGCUGCAGACCGCCUCCCUCGCGCUCGACUGGCUGGCAGCAAAGGGCGUCGUGUUUGAAGCAAACGCCAACUGGCAGGAAGUCUCGUCCGAUCCAUGCGACGUGGGCACGCCGCUGGCCCUGCACCCCGCGUGGCCGCCAAUCUUCACCUUUGACCACCUGGAUCCCGUGUGGCCGGACAAGACGUCCCCUGCCGCCACGCGGUACGCGCCCUCGCGGGCUGCCGUCGUCGAGCGCGGCCGCCGGUGCCUGGAGGACCUGUACCGCCGGCCCGAGAAGCUCGUCUUUGUCGUGUCGCACUCGGCGUUCCUGAGGGCAGGCUGCGUGGGCUGGUGGUUCUUCAACGGCGACUAUAGGAUCUUCGAGUUUGAACAAGGCGCGCGCCAGGACGGGAGCCGACGCGUCCUCGUCCAGGACGAGAGCACCAUCAGUGGCGGCCUGGGACUUUCCCGGACGUGCCGAGUCCCGCUUGGAGAUGGGCUGCCUGAUUUGAGCAACUGA